CGCCGUGUAGGAGGAGGAGGAGGAGGAGAAGAGCGGGGAGAGAAGCCUGACAGUCUGCCGGGGCUCGUUCACUUCCGCUCGGCUACCGCCGCUACGUUCCCUCGACUUGUUCAUCUCUCCCAGAGCAAUGAGACGGAAGGAAAAGCGGCUGCUGCAGUUCGCAGGGCUGCUCAUCGUGGCUUUACUCUUCCUCCCCAACGUUGGCCUGUGGUCCUUGUACCGGGAUCGAGUGUUCGACCGACCGGCGGCAACCACGGCGGACGAACCGGGUGGCGUCCAGCAGAAACAGGCGCUGAGCCAGAUGAGAAAGGAUGCCCAGGUGGGGCAAGAUGGCGUGCGUCGGAUAGACUGGCAUGACUACGACGCCAUUAGGAGGGAUGCUGCCAGACUUGGAAAUGGCGAACAGGGAAAACCUUUCCCCAUGUCUGAGGCUGACCGUGUGGACCUGGCCUACAGGGAAAAUGGCUUCAACAUCUAUGUCAGCGACCGCAUCUCACUUAAUCGCUCCCUUCCGGACAUCCGCCACCCAAAUUGUAAAGAGAAGCUAUACGCCGAGAAGCUGCCCAACACCAGUGUAAUCAUCCCGUUCCACAACGAGGGCUGGUCCUCGCUUCUGAGGACUGUCCACAGUGUCCUCAACCGCUCGCCUCCGCAGCUAAUCGCAGAGGUCAUCCUGGUGGACGACUUCAGCGAUAAAGAGCACCUAAAGGCAGCGCUGGAGGAGUACAUGAACCGCUUGCCGAAAGUGCGUAUCCUGAGGACCAAAAAGAGGGAAGGUCUGAUCCGGACCCGACUCCUUGGUGCCGCUGCUGCAAAGGCCCAGGUCAUCACAUUCCUGGAUUCGCACUGCGAGGCCAACGUUAACUGGCUGCCUCCACUACUUGACCGGAUUUCCCAGAAUCGGAAGACGGUGGUGUGCCCGAUGAUCGAUGUGAUCGACCACGACAACUUCGGCUACGACACGCAGGCAGGCGAUGCCAUGCGCGGGGCCUUUGAUUGGGAAAUGUACUACAAGCGCAUCCCCAUCCCUGCGCAGCUGCAGAAGGACGACCCCAGUGAGCCUUUUGAGUCUCCUGUGAUGGCAGGCGGGUUGUUCGCUGUGGACAGGAAGUGGUUCUGGGAACUGGGAGGUUAUGACCCAGGAUUGGAGAUUUGGGGAGGAGAGCAGUACGAGAUCUCCUUUAAGUUGUGGAUGUGCGGCGGUCGCAUGGAGGACAUCCCAUGCUCCCGGGUAGGACACAUUUACAGGAAGUAUGUCCCGUACAAGGUUCCUGGUGGAAUCAGCUUAGCCAAGAAUCUGAAGCGCGUGGCCGAGGUGUGGAUGGACGAGUACGCCGAGUACGUUUUCAGGCGGAGGCCCGAGUAUCGUCACCUGUCGGCAGGCGACAUGACGGCGCAGAAGGAGCUAAGAAGCCGUCUAGCGUGCAAGAACUUCAAGUGGUUCAUGAAUGAAGUGGCCUGGGAUCUGCCCCAACAUUACCCACCCGUAGAGCCGCCUGCCGCCGCCUGGGGCAAGAUCCGCAACGCAGGCAGCGGCAUGUGCAUGGAGGUCAAACACUUUGUGUCGGGCAGUCCUGUCCGCCUAGAGAACUGCGCUAAAAGUCGCGGCGAUGUGGCCUGGAGUCACGGACAGGUGUUGACACUAGGUUGGCGGGAGGACAUCCGCGUUGGAAACCCAGUGCACACCAGAAAAGUUUGCCUUGACGCCGUAUCCCACAGUAGCCCCGUCACUUUGUACGACUGUCACGGCAUGAAGGGUAACCAACUGUGGCGCUACCGAAAGGAUAAGAGCCUGUACCACCCGGUGAGCAACAGCUGCAUGGACAGCAGUAUCGCCGAGCGCCGCGUCUUCAUGAACACUUGUGACUCAACGUCGCUUAGUCAGCAGUGGAUCUUUGAGAGGACCAAUGCCACCGUCCUGGAACACUUCAACCAGGGCACAGAUUAACAUCACCAUUGCACGAUGGGAAAAAAAGAGGCUAUGUAACAAGCUGUUUGACAAACAGUCGAGGAAAAGGCGUCGUGAGGGGGCUGCUCGGUCCAAUAGACAAUGACCAUGUCCAGAAUCCAAUCACACCACAAGCGCUUGAGACCAGAAAGAAGGUGGUCCUGAAUGGGGGCGGGUGGUCCCCGAAGACUGGCCGAAGAAGUUUACUCUAUUUCAAGCAUCUGGAGUAGUGUCUCGGACAAUAAAGGAUGCUCACUGUGUCUUUUUCAGUCGCCAUUUGUGGAAACUCUUGAACUGGUGGACGACUUUUUUUUUUUCCAGAGAACACCUUGAUAGGACUUUUUAUUUUGUACACAAUAAAGAUGUUGUCUAGUAA